GUGAAAAGAUAGUUAAUAUAUAGUCUUGGUUCCUUGGGAGUUUUAUUAGUUGCCAUGAAUUCCUAUGAAAAAUUUCUUAUGCUAACUUUUUCAGCAAUAGCUCUAAUUAUAGUUACUGAGAGUUACAGAACAAAACCAUUGGAAGAGGAGGAAAACACGUUGGAGAGUUUACUCAACUAUAUCAAUAAGUCUGCGAUCAAGAGUUUUCGGACUAAACAUGGCGAUACAUUGGAUUGCAUAGACAUUCACAAGCAGCUAGCCUUUAAUCAUCCUCUACUCAUAAACCAUUCUAUUCAGUUGAAGCCUACGACUAUACCUAAAUGGACCAUAAAUAAUAACAACAAUUCUGAGAAAGGUGGUUCCUUCCCGUUUAGACGAGAUGGUAUAAGUUGUCCACUUGGAACCGUGAUUGUUAAGAGGACCACACUGGAAGAUCUUAUACAAGCUCAGAGUUUGAAAUCCAUGGGCUUCAAAUCUUCAAGAUAUGUUUCUUCAAAGAGCAAGAACAUUGAUCUAUCUGGUUAUCAUUUUGCUGUGGCUCAGUACAAAAAAUUUCAUUAUGGAGCAAAGGGAAAUCUUAACAUCUGGGAACCCGAAGUUUCACCUAAUCAAUUCAGUCUUGCAAGUAUCACUAUCUCUGCAGGAUCAAAUGAACAGUUUCAAGGCAUUAGAGCUGGAUGGAUAGUGUACCAAUGGCUAAACAAGAAUCACAGCCGCUUAUACACAUAUUGGACAGCAGAUGGGUUUAACAAGACAGGUUGUUACAAUACAUUAUGUCCUGGCUUUGUACAAGUAAGCACUGAUAUCCCACUAGGUUACCUUCUUCAACCAGUUUCCACUUACGGUGGCAAACAAUACGAAGUAGGCAUCAACAUGUAUAAGGAUCAUAUUACAGGAAAUUGGUGGUUGGUGGCGUUCAAUAAUAAUUAUGUUGGAUACUGGCCAAAAUCAUUGUUCACAGAUGUUGGUUUAGGCCAUGGAGGAAGCUUGGCCUCAUGGGGAGGAGAAGUAUAUAGUCCAGUGAAAGAGAAGAGUCCAAGCAUGGGAAGUGGACAUUUCCCACAACAGAAAAGUUACACGAAAGUAGCCUAUAUGAAUGAUUUUGUAGUAUAUAAUGAUCUUGGAUCGGAAGGUAUGACUCCACCACUUGAUACUCUAAAGACAUUCUCAAGCACCCCGAAUUGUUACAAAGUCAAAAAGGACCAACCAUUGUUUGGUCAUGUUUGGGAUGACGCUAUCUUUUACGGAGGACCAGGAGGAUGCACAUUCUAGUUAUCGUGUUCUUAAGAUCUCUCCGCAUUAAUCAAGUAUCCUCAGUUUUUUCACUUUUUAAGUUGAAAAAUAAAACUUGGACCUUGUUUUCGAAAGAAUAACAGAAAUACAAGAAUGUCUUCCAAAUUUCUGUAACCGUUACAUAAGCCCAAGAUUAUGUGAAUAUCAUUAAUGCAAAUUAUGCAA